AUGUCGCAGAACAGGCCUUCGGCGUUCUCUAGCUUACGUAUGGGCGAGGUAAUUCGCGAAAAGGUCCAGGAUGGCUUGACUGGAGAGACAAAAGAGAUGCAGUACACCCAAUGCAAAAUCGUCGGUAACGGUUCCUUCGGUGUCGUCUUCCAGACCAAGCUCUCUCCCAGUGGUGAGGAUGCUGCCAUCAAGCGUGUGCUUCAGGACAAGCGCUUCAAGGUCGCCAACCCCGAUCCCUAUUCUUCCGUCUUCUCGACUGACCCCGCGCAGAACAGAGAGCUUCAGAUCAUGAGAAUAGUGCGACACCCAAACAUUGUCGAACUGAAGGCCUUCUACUACUCCAACGGCGAUCGCAAGGAUGAGGUUUACCUCAAUCUCGUGCUCGAAUUCGUUCCCGAAACCGUCUACCGCGCAUCUCGCUACUUUAAUAAGAUGAAGACAACCAUGCCUAUUCUCGAGGUGAAGCUGUACAUUUACCAGCUGUUCCGCUCGCUCGCCUACAUUCACAGCCAGGGCAUCUGCCACAGAGACAUCAAGCCUCAAAACCUGCUUCUCGACCCUAACAGCGGCAUCCUCAAGCUCUGCGAUUUCGGAAGUGCCAAGAUACUCAUCGAGAACGAGCCCAAUGUUUCGUACAUCUGUUCACGCUACUACAGAGCCCCUGAGCUCAUCUUCGGUGCAACCAACUACACAACAAAGAUUGAUGUCUGGUCCACUGGUUGUGUCAUGGCUGAGCUCAUGCUUGGACAGCCAUUGUUCCCUGGCGAAUCAGGUAUUGAUCAAUUGGUCGAGAUCAUCAAGGUUUUGGGAACCCCUACUCGCGACCAAAUCCGCACCAUGAACCCCAACUACAUGGAGCACAAAUUCCCUCAGAUCAAGCCUCAUCCCUUCAACAAGGUCUUCCGCAAGGCCGACCCAAGCGCCAUCGAUCUCAUUUCCAAGCUCCUCGAAUACACACCGACACAACGCUUGUCCGCCAUUGAAGCCAUGGUUCACCCCUUCUUUGAUGAGUUGAGAGACCCCAACACUCGCUUCCCUGACUCUCGUCACCCUGGAGGUGCGACCAAGGACAUGCCUGAGCUUUUCAACUUCAACCACCACGGUAAGGACAAUAUUUCUCCUUUCAACGACGUGAUGAAGCAUACUGAUCAUAUUUANGAACUCUCAAUCGCACCUCACAUGAACCACCAACUUGUUCCCCCACACAUCCGUCCCCAACUGGCAGCAAAGGGUCUUGACAUUGACAACUUGACGCCUUUGACCAAGGAUGCUAUGAUGGCACGACUGGACUAA